UAAACAAAUGGGUCGAAGGCGAAGAACACACGACUAAUUACCGAUGGACGCCGGAAUUUGACCCUUUCUUUCACACCUCUCCACACUGCGCAGCCAUCUGGUAGGCCGAGCUGACCGCCUGAACGAUGGCCGAGACUCUGGUGCAGUCCAACCUGGAGAAAAUCAGCAGUUUUCUCCAGGAUGUACAGUACCGUUCUUUGAUGAUUAACAGCGCUAAUUACAAUGUUCGUCUUAUGCGGGAACGUAAGACACGCCUUCCAUUUCUUGAUUCACAAACAGGCAUAGCUCAGAACCCAUCCAAAUUAUACAUGAGCCCUCGACACCGGAUGCCUGGCACAGUGGAAGGGCAACUCUAUGUUUAUCCUUCCCAGCGAUGGUGUCGCAGAAAACGCUCUUACAUGGCACUUGCUCAUCAGCACUGGCUCCUCAAAAAGGCAAGCAAAGAACCUGAGGGCGAUGAGCACACCAUUGUUACUGUGGAGAAUCCCGCUGCUGUUCCACAAGAGGAUGUUGCUGUCCCCUAUGAAAACAAGGAACCCUUUUACUAUGAUGAAACCAGUUUCCUAGAAGAUGAGGAUGAGGAGCCUGACGACGACGACGAUGACACCUACUCCACAAGAUCAACACCAACCAGGAAACGGAAGAAAGCUCCCAAACUUCCUAAACCACCCAAGCCCCCUAGCAGUAGAGGCCGCAAGAAGAAAGAAGUACAGCCAAAAGCCCCGACGGAAGGCGACGAAGAGACCCCAGGCAAGCCGUACGAGUGCCAACUGUGUGGCGCUCGCUACAAGACCAGACAGGGUCUGUCCUACCACCUCUCGCACACACAUAAGGGGGGUAGGGCUAACUCUGGGGGUGGUCGGUCCAGAGGGGGCGGCACGAACCCCCCCACCCCCAGGUCUGAACCCCCUUCAGCUGGUGGAAGCUACCAGCCCCAGGCCUACCAACCUGAUGCUCUGGCUGGUCUGGCAGAGUUUCAGGACAGUUACCUGGGGUACCUGUCAGCCGGCCAGGACGCCUCGCCCACGGGGCGCAGCGGCAGCAGUAGCACCAGCAACAGUAGUAGACGAUCUAGUGGGGGGGGAGGGGGCGGUGGGGGUGUUCCAGCUACGUCGGCAGGGAACGGAGGCGGAUCGGCAAACAGUCGCGGGAGCAAGGGCAGCAAUGCAGGCUGGUCCAGUGGCUCUCCUUCAGGACUGAUACCUGUAAGUGGCACGACACCAGUUGUACCUGAGGCCAUGAGGGAGGCGAGCCCAGCAAGGCUUGGUGGCCAUGAGUCAGACCAACAGCAAUAUUCAAAAUCCCCGAAACCUCUCCAAGAGAAGGGCAGAGCUCAGCCAAGCCCUUAUUGCGACUUCUGCCUUGGAGAUGCGGCAAUGAACAAGAAGACUGGCGAACCAGAGGAACUUGUGUCUUGCUCAGACUGUGGCAGAUCUGGUCAUCCCACUUGUCUCCAGUUUACGGCUCACAUGAUGAUCUCAGUGAGGCAGUAUCGGUGGCAGUGCAUUGAGUGCAAAUGUUGCACUCUCUGUGGAACCUCAGAAAAUGACGACCAGUUGCUGUUCUGUGACGACUGUGACCGAGGCUAUCACCUGUACUGCCUUCGUCCUCCUCUGCAGGAACCACCUGAAGGAGAAUGGUCCUGUGACUUGUGUCUACAACAAUUCCACUCAAAGUGAGGUUUAUACCUGUUGCCUGUCAAGUCUCUCUGACUUGGUUACAUUUUUACCGAAAAGAAAAGAAGUUAUAAUUCUACAUGUGAUUUAUCCCUUGCUUACAAGAAAUUGUUUUAUGUGCACUGUAUAUAUAUGUAUAUGAUUACAUUUCUGUAUACACUUGUGUGUGUGUAUAUAUGGAUAUGUAUGCAGUUACAUGAACCAUUGUUUUGAUAAGUUCAUCCAACAUUUGGUCUAAAUGCACAGGACCUUUGAACCUCCACUUAGGUGCCUCAGACGGCUACUUACUGAUGAGUUUCAGAGGAGUUCCAUUUGCAUUAGGUUAAUGAUACUGCCGUAAGAUACAGAGAGGCUAGAGGAAGAUCUUGCUUUAUGUUAACUCAAAUGGAUCUUUCUAUCUUCUAAAUGUUGAUAACAAAGUAAGUUAUUAUUACCCAGAUCAUUUAUUUACUUAUUAGGUUAGUUACUCUUUCCCUUUUUUCAUUGAAUGAUAAUAUAUGUGAUGAGUCUUUCAGCAGAGGAGAAUGUCUCCUACUGAUUCUGUAAACAUAUUUUCAAUUGAUGAUGUAAAGAUAUUCCUUGAGACACAAGGAUGACCAAGGAGAAAAAAUCUGAAUACAGUAAAUCUUCAUCAUGGAGUGAAUCAUAAACAGGAACUGGAAGCGUUAUCAUUUCCUCACUCUAAAACGAGACUUGUGACUGUUUCCCAGUUCGUAGGAUCCCCUAGGUGUGUAUUGCUCAUUAUAUCUGGCAAAGAUAUGGACUCUCUUUGAGUGUGGAAAAUUUCAUACUGGUGUACUUUAUCAUGGUUUAAAAGAUUUACUGUACUCAAUAUUUUGAAAAUAUUUUACUCUAAAAAUGUGUCUUGUAGCCUCAUUUUUGUCUGAACAAAAAGUAAGGCCUAGUUACAAGGCUGAAGGACCAACUCUACCUUAAAGACUUCAUGUCCCUUCUUUUAAACAUGCUCAUAUCCAGAUGAUAAUGGCCAUUUAAAAAGUGACAAAGAUUGUGUGCAGUAAUUAAAUUUUUGACAAGUGACCUGUGUUCAAAAUAUCAACUGGGGAGGUACUUUCUGAUUUGCCUGAUGAUGUUUUGAACGGCAAUAUAGGUUAAAGGAGUAAAUCACUUUUGUGUGAAGAUAUCUAAUCUUUUCUUCAUAUAAAGAAAGAGAAAGCCAGAGUGAAAUAUAUUCUUCAGCCUUUAUUUUUUGUAUGAUGUUUGAAGAAAAGUAACAUAGAUAUAGGUAUAUUACCAGGUGAUGAUUAUGUUAAAAACCAAUGAUUUCUUUUAACUAAUGAUAUUGACUGAUAUUGUGAUGCUUAUUUAAAAGAAAAAGAUUAGUACAACAAAUUUGCACCUUACAAAGUACCCUGUGUAUCCACACGUUUUCUUUAUUAGGUUUUGCAUAAAUGCUUAGAUUGCUGAGUGCUGCUGUUGCUUCAGGAGGUUUUUUAUAUUCAUAUAGACUUAUUAGAGCACAUAGUUUAAAGUAAAGGAUUAGAUGCAACUUUUUAGUACAGGUGAACUUGAAGAAAACUCGUAAGCUGCAAUACAAAAUGAAUUCCCAAACAUGAAAAUUCAGUAAUGUUUGAAGAGCAAAAAUCAUUACAUUUUCUUUCUUGCAUUCUCUUUUUUUUCUUUUGUGAUAGAUGGUUUUUGCUAUACAUUUUGUUUUUCUUUCUUUCUUUCUUCAGUUUGAAGUAAGAAAUGGCCAGAUUUAGUAGAGUCCAUCUCUAGAUUAACUUCUCAUAAAAAAACAGUAAAUACUUCAUAAAAAAAUACAUAUAUUUAGUAGACUAAUGCACUCUUACCUUAAAUGUAUAUUCUUUAUGGAAGACAAUAGAGCUGCUUCCUGUGAGCUGGUUUAUCUGUACAAGUAAAUCAUGUAAACGUCAAUGAAAACAUUUUAAGUCAGAUUAAACUUUAUUCAGAGGAGGGGUGUGUUAUUAUAGUCAGUAGGUAUUUAUAAAUUUGUUUAAGACUAAUGAACCAAAAUGUAUUCUCUAUUCAAAUUAAGAGCACAGUAAGCAUUUUUUGUGAUAGAAAUUACAUACAUAACAUCUUUGAAACUGUCUUUACAAGUGCACUUCAUAGAUCAUGUUAAUGGAGAAAGAAAAAUAGUGGUUAGAUAAUUUGUUUUGGAUAUAAAUAAACAAUUGUAACCUUUUCUACGUUUUUAAGAUAAUUAUUGAAAUGGUUUCAUCAUCUUGAAGAUAGUUGUCAACUUGAAAGAUAUCACAAUAUGCUAAAGUAUGAGGGUUUUAUUGCCAGAGUGAUAGCUAAAAAAAUUACUAGUUCUUUCUCAGUCCAUAGAGACUUAAGUAAUGUACUGUACAUGUUCAGUUUACAAUAAAAGAAAUCUACAUUUAAAGUUAGAGUGUUACCACAAUAUCAGAAACUAAUAAUUUGAUUUCUUACCUUGCAAAAAGGAAUAUAUACCUAUGAAUUGCAGGAAAAUAUGUUGCAUUCUGUAAACCAAAAUUCACCACACUGCCCGCCAGUUUUCUUGCUAGACCGCUUGAUAUCUCAAUGUUUGGGGAUGCCUUAUGCUUGCUAGGCAAACAUUCGGGUCAAUCACCAACAACAGAUGCUUGGCUGAGUUUAGUGCAAUACUUUUCUGGCUUCAGUGACAGUAAACAGCAUAUCAAAUCAUUUAGCAAAGCACACUGAUUAUUGUCAGAGUUUCCCCUUGAGUUACAAGAGUGCAAUGGAGCUUCUACAUGGCCAGGCUGUGGAGAAAUUGGUGUACUGUUUCUCCUUCAUUGAUAUAUAUAUGCUUUAGUGUUUUAGUGGUAAUAUAUAACAUGAAAUAUCCUUGUAUGAAUAACUAGAUGAGGAAAAAAAAGGUGAAGCAAAAAUGUGUAUCUUCAUUUUUUCUUCAGAAAGGCAAGACAGAAAAUUAUUAUUGAAAAAAUAAAUCUUUGUAAGCCAUAAGAUGAAGAGGAGUGAUGACAAUGAAUAUCAUGUAUUUUACUAACAUUCUGUGACAUUUCUUGCUGUUGCCUGAAAUUGGACAGGAAGUAUGAAUGAUUGAUUUGUGAUAAUGGAAUGCUAAACCUUACAUAGCAAAAUUGAACUGUGAUAAUAUGAAAUCAUGUUGGUUAGGAGAAUGCCUUUUGGCAAGUGGUGUACAUGACCCACCUUUGUACGGCCUCCCCUUUGGUAUUUGGCAUAUUUUCUUAGAGACAUAAUAGACAAAGAAAGCAUUAUUUCACACCUGUGUGUAUUUCUGUGGUUGAGAGUUAUGCCAUUUAAGACAGUCGGUACAGUCUUCUGAAACUUCUUUUUUGCUUGUAUGAGAAAAUUAUCACAGAUGUACCUGAUUUAUGUAAAGAUCCUUAAAAAAGACACCACAAUGUCUCUUUUAUGUUCAGAUAUAAUAUAUCACAAAAAUAAGUCAUUAUUUUAUUUGUGCUUACAUGGUUUAAGUGUAAAUUAAUACUUAAGUUUUGAAUUUUCUCAAUUAUGUAUUUAUUAUAAUUAAGAUGUGUAAAGAUCAUAGAAAUCCAAAAAUUGCAAGAGUAGUUAACAUCUAGGUGGUGUUGGUAAAAAGAAGAUUGGUUCUGCAGGUUAAGAAGGUAAUAUUUACUGAUGAUGACAUUAGCAUAUUAAACAACAAUACACACGCGCACAUGCACGCGCACCCACACACACAUGCACACCCACACACACCCACACACACAUACACACACACAUACACACACACAUACACACACACAUACACACACACAUACACACACACAUACACACACACAUACACACACACAUACACACACACAUACACACACACACACACACACACAUACACACACACACACACACACACACACACACACACACACACACACACACACACACACACACA